AGAUUAAGAGAAGUGAUGAAAUUUAUGAUAUUUUGAAGGGAAAAAGGGUGGGGAUUUGGCAAUGGCAUUCAAAACCAGAUAGCCCCAACACGUUCCUUCCUUGAUACUGCACUCCUUAACACUGGUGGAUCCACGCUUCGAAGUUCGACCUUCCCUCUCUCUCUCUCUCUCUCUCUCCCAAUUGCUUUCUUUCACCUUUCAACUUUGAAUUUCAACCUUCUGAUCAUCAUCAAUCACAGCGUAUUACCUUAAUUCAACUUUUUUUUUUCUGUUGAUUUUCCUCCUUCAUGGGUGAUUCCAAUUUCAUCACUUUUUCCUUCUUUCUCAUUUGUUCUCAAACGGGGUUUCUUUACUGAUUUGAUUUUUUACAUAUCCACGAUCUUUCUUCCGUUGCAGUGAAUUGCAGUCUAGUGGGUCUCCGAACGCUUCAAUUUGGGGUUUUCCGGUAAAGGGUCUGUUUCAAUUUUACUCAUUUUUGUUGUUGUCGUUGUUGUUCGUAUGGCUUCUUCUCAUAAUACUCAUUCCGAGACGGCAAAAGUUGAGCAAAUUUUAACUGAAUUCUUUCCCAAAACGCUACAAAUUAUACUGGAAUCGAGGGCCCCUUGUAUUUCAUCGCGUAAUUUUAGUGGUGAACAAGUUCUGUCUUCUCCAUCUUCCUCCUCCUCGUCUUCCUCGAGUAUGAGGCCAAGGGACAAAUGGUUUAAUUUGGCUCUUCGUGAAUGCUCUGCAACGUUAGAGAAUAUUGAUCUCUGGCGUCCGAAUUAUCAUGAACCUAUGGUUGUUGAUGUUAUUUUGGUGCAGAGGCAAUUUGGUUUAGACUCUGUUAAUGCUUCUCCUAGGAAAGAUCUUGUCAGGCAUUUGUCUCUGAAAGAGAAAUAUCCACUCUCUUUCAAUUCUGAUAAGGAUGAGUUUGGAAGUCAGACCAAGAGUGAGAAGGUUGUAGAGAGAUGGAUGGUGCAUUAUGAGAGUAGGAAAAACCGGGAUAGUAAUUCUGGUAGCAGAAGGUCCAGUAAUAGUACUGCACACACCUACAAGAAAACCAUUUUACUCUUAAGGUCUUUAUAUGCCUUUGUGAGACUUUUACCUGCCUAUAAGGUUUUUCAAGAUAUCAGUUCAUCUGGUCAGAUUCACCCUUUUACUCUUGCUCAUCGCGUGUCUUCCUUUGUUGAGCCUUUCACCAGGAGGGAAGAGGCCGAAAUGCAGCGCUUUGUGUUCACUCCUGUCGACACUUCUUGUGGUAGACUAUGCCUCUCGGUGUUAUACCGUUCAUCCCUUUCUGACAUAAACUCUGAACCAUCAACUCCUAUGUCUCCUCAAGUUAUUCCUGAAUAUGUUGGGAGUCCAUUGGCAGAUCCAUUGAAAAGGUUUCCUACGCUCCCUGUAACGAUAGCACCAUCUCAUGGAUCUCCAUCGUCGUUGCCAUUCUCAAGACGUCAUAGUUGGAGUUACGACCGUUUUAGACCCUCCCCACCUUCAGUCUCCUUUUCACCUUCACCAACACAUUCAGAGUCUCAUGCUUUAAUUUCAAAUCCAGCCUUUCCCCGUUUACCUCCUUCAAGCUUACCUUCACAACUGCCUGAAAUGGUUAUAGGACAUAAAGAUAAUAUGAACUACGAUGAAUAUUACCCUUCUCCUGUCUUUUCCCAAUCACCCUCACUGUCACCACCAAUUCGCAUUCCUGUAAAGCGCUUGCCAAAUGGUCUAUUGCAGUCUGAAAGUGCUCCUCCAAGUGCACCUAUUGCAAAGCUUCCUCAUUCCCCUGCAUUGUCAAGCAAACCGAAUUUGCCGCCAUCCCCUCCACUUAAAGCUUCUGGAGCAAUUAUUUCUAGGAUUAAUAGAGAUGUUGGUCCAUUGCCGGCUGGCUCUGCAAUUGGAAAGUCAUCUUCUCUUGGAAGAGAUGAAAGCCGAAGAAUUUCAGGCUGGAGGGUAUCAUCCAAUAACUCACCAAUUUCAAGAAGCUCCAGUAGAUCUUUUCCAGAUGAUUUAGAUGAUCCAGAGUUUCCAUGCCCCUUUGAUGUGGAUGAGGAUGAGAUGACAGAUAGAGGUAGCAGAUCCACCAUACUUCCACGGUUGAAUUACUGUUAUUAAAGUCUUCCUGGAGCAGCAUAACAUCUUCCAAACUAGUCAAACUCUGGAAAAAUACAUUCCUUCAAUGAUAAUGAGAAUCAUUAAUUAGCAUAUCAAACUUUUCCAGUCCCCUGUUUGAUCUUGUUCAAAGCCAGUUCUCCGAUCCCCAAUUGAAUGACGGAAAGUUGGUUUCUGAAUCAAGUGCUGUAGCCAUUUUCAGCCGCACCAACAGAUGAACAUUUCUUUUACAGCCUUCUCGCCAUUAGAGAAUUAGGUGCUUCCCUGAGGAAUUAAUUGUUUAAAACCAUGAUUUUGGAACUUGAGGAAGUGAAGUGAAGAUGGCUGUUAAAAUGUAUAGCAGCUGAACAUAAUUUUCUUUUUAGAAUAUGAAAAUACUUGAAGACUUUCAGGGGGGAGCCAAAUCACAGGAAAAGCUCUAGUUAAGAGAAAUAAGACUAAGCAAACAAUUACAUAAGUGCUUAGAAGCGUAGGUUCGAGAAACCAAAAGGAAUGUAAUAAAGGACCACACAUCGCCACAACUCUCGAGUAAUUGUAUGACAUAAUUUCCUUUGCUUACGUCCUCUAAACUGAUAUUUCCUUCAUGUUUUUAUCUUUUGAUGUAUCUAUCAUAUACCCAAAUUGUUAUAUGUUAUAUGAAUUG